UCCGGGCCCGGGCCGCGGGCUCUGCUCCUCACCGCCGCCCUGCUCCAGCUCUCCUCCGCUUUCUACCUGCCCGGACUGGCGCCCGUCAGCUUCUGUCAGAAAGAAGAUGAGACCGAGACCUGUAAGCAGUGACUUAGAUGAGGAGACGGUGUAAUGUAUCCAAGUUUGUUGACAAUGAAAAGUUGGUGGGAAAGUGAGGAGGACACAAGCUGCAAAAAGGAUUUACAGGUUAAAUGAGUGAGCAAGAAUGUGGCAGAAGGAAUAUAAUGCAGAGAAAUGUGAAGUUGUCCUCUUUUGUAAGGAAAAACAGAAAAGCAAAAUAUUUUUUACAUGUCAAACAUUGAAGUAUUUGUAAAUAGAUUGGACUCUGUGGAAUCUGUCCUACCAUAUGAAUACGAUGCGUUUGACUUUUGUCAGAACGAAACUGAGAAACGACCUUCUGAAAAUUUGGGACAGGUGUUGUUUGGAGAGAGGAUCGAGUCAUCUCCAUACAAGUUUACUUUUAACAAACCUGAAACAUGCAAAAUGAUUUGCGUCAGAUCCUACAAUCCAAAAGAUAAGCUGAGUGCAGACAAGCUGUCUUUCAUAAAGAAAGGAAUUCUGCUGAAUUACCAGCACCACUGGAUCAUUGAUAACAUGCCUGUCACAUGGUGCUAUGAUGUGGAAGAUGGCCAAAAGUUUUGUAAUCCUGGAUUUCCAAUUGGAUGCUUUGUUACUCAGGAUGGCCGUUCAAAAGAUGCCUGUGUCAUCAAUUCUGAAUUCAACAAGAAGAACACCUACUAUGUCUUCAAUCAUGUGGAUAUCUUCAUUACAUAUCACAGUGGAAAGAACAAGGAGUGGGAAGGUGCAAGACUGGUUGCUGCAAAAUUAGUCCCCAAAAGUUACAAUCAUGCAGACUUAACCCACCCUAAUUGUGAGGGACCUCCGAUGGAGAUUCCUGCUGAAGACAAAGAAAAGAAAAUUAAUAUUAUGUACACCUAUUCUGUUACAUUUACUGAGGAUGCCAAAAUAAAAUGGGCUUCCAGAUGGGAUUACAUUUUGGAAUCCAUGCCGCAUACAAAUAUUCAGUGGUUUAGUAUAAUGAAUUCCUUGGUGAUUGUCCUCUUCUUAUCUGGCAUGGUGGCAAUGAUUAUGCUUCGGACUCUUCACAAGGAUAUUGCUCGAUACAAUCAGAUUGACUCUGCAGAGGAUGCCCAGGAAGAGUUUGGUUGGAAGUUGGUGCAUGGUGAUGUCUUUAGGCCACCCAGGAAGGGAAUGCUUUUAUCUGUUUUCCUUGGACAAGGAACACAGAUCUUCAUAAUGAUGUUUAUCACUCUUUUCCUUGCAUGCCUUGGGUUCCUUUCACCAGCUAAUCGAGGAGCAUUGAUGACCUGUGCUGUUGUUCUGUGGGUCUUGCUAGGAACACCUGCGGGCUAUGUUUCUGCCAGAAUGUAUAAGACUUUUGGCGGUGAGAAGUGGAAGACCAAUGUUCUCUUGACUUCUUUUCUGUGUCCUGGAAUUGUCUUCAUUGAUUUCUUUAUCACAAACCUCAUCCUUUGGGUAGAAGGAUCUUCUGCUGCCAUUCCCUUUGGAACACUAGUAGCAAUUUUGGCAAUGUGGUUUGGAAUUUCAGUACCGCUGACUUUUGUUGGUGCUUAUUUUGGAUUUAAGAAAAGGCCCAUCGAUCAUCCUGUCCGCACAAAUCAAAUUCCACGUCAAAUCCCAGAGCAGUCAUUUUUUACUAAACCUUUACCAGGCAUUGUGAUGGGUGGCAUCCUACCUUUCGGGUGCAUUUUCAUACAGCUGUUUUUCAUUCUGAACAGCAUCUGGUCUCAUCAGAUGUAUUACAUGUUUGGUUUCCUUUUCUUGGUGUUCAUUAUUCUGCUCAUCACUUGUUCAGAAGCCACCAUCCUGCUGUGUUACUUCCACCUUUGUGCAGAGGAUUACCACUGGUGGUGGAGAUCAUUCCUGACAAGUGGAUUUACAGCUGUUUACUUCUUUGUGUACGCUGUUCAUUACUUCUUCUCCAAGCUUCAGAUCUCGGGUGCCGCAAGUACAAUAUUAUACUUUGGAUACACACUUAUCAUGGUCUUGAUCUUUUUUCUCUUUACAGGGACUAUUGGAUUUUUUGCCUGUUUUUGGUUCGUCAACAAGAUCUAUAGUGUUGUGAAGGUGGAUUAAUAAUGGGCUCCAUGUGGAGCAGAUUAUGAUGUGUAUUUUCUUUUUCUUUGCAUUUAAACUAUUUAUCAUAUAGCUUCAAUUCCUAAAAGUUUUCUAGAGAACAUUAUUCACUUUUAAUUGCAAAUUUAGGAUAAUAGCAACAAUAAAAAUAGUUUAGUUCACAAUCACUGUCAAUUUGCAAUCAUGUACUUAUGGUUAAAGUAACAGGUCAGGUAAAGCUUGGCUGGCAACUGUAAAUUCAGAAGCCUUUAAUUCAAUGCAUUGGCUUUGACCUUUUCAUUUUGGUUUUGGUGCAUGCUUGGGCGUGCUCUCCAGCUACGUGCCAUUGGUGGGGUGGCCUCGCCCAGCAGGAGGGCAUGGUGGACAUGUUGGCACAGAUUUCCAACAGUGCAUCGUCUACUGCAACAGCAGCGCACUCUGAUUUCCAGUGCACAUUUGCGCCAAUUGAGCCUUCCCACUGGUAGCACAAGGUGGAGGAAUGACCCCUGCUGUGUUUAUUCCAAAGAUGUCAGUCACUGUGCUCUGGUGUUUCUCAGUUCCAAAGUUUGUGCUUAAAUGGAGAAUUGAAUAAUUUUACUAAAAUGAAUUUUGAAGCUCUGCAUUAAAAAAUUUGCAAUAAUAUCAAUUGAUUGUACAUACAUCCUUUGUCCUUUCCUUUCUAAUGUAAAUACAUAUGGAGUUACAUUAACUAAUGUUUUCCCUUCUAUUUCAAGUUAGAUUUAACUUUGUUCCCAUUUUCCCAACAGCAGCAAAGAUUUGAUGUUCUUUUAUCUGUAUUUUCUUGUACUGUGAAAUUUUGUAAAUAGUCCCAAGAUCCACAUUAAUUUGAACAAGGGGUUAUUUAACUAGUACGUUAAAUAGCACAGAUUGAUGGCUUUGUUAUCUAUCCGCAGUGCCUGAUUAUGUCUUGAAAAUAUACCAAUUUUUGUUCAAUAAACUUGAGACGAAUCAUCA